AAUACUUUUAUUAGAAAAAUUAUACCCUUUAACACACCAUAACCCCAAAACUUUCCUCUCUUCUUCCUUAACACUCUCUGUAACUGUAAUCUCCGAAACCCUUCAAUCCUUUCUCUCAGUUACUUAUACACGCAUCAAUAAACAUACCCAAUUUGUGACAGACACAUAAUCUUUUUUUCUUUGUUCUUGGUACUUGCAAAAAUGAAUUCUUCACCUUCACCUUCACCAAAAAAGAGGAAUCCAUCAUCAGCGGAAGCAGUGUUUAUCCAACCAUCAUCUCCAAGAUUCCCUGUAAGCACCCCAACAUCAGGUGCCCAAAGAAGAAUUGGCAUAGCCGUUGAUCUUAGCGAUGAAAGCGCUUAUGCCGUCAAAUGGGCUGUUCAAAACUACCUUCGUCAUGGCGAUGCUGUUAUCCUUGUCCAUGUCAGACCCACCAGUGUUCUUUAUGGUGCUGAUUGGGGUGCUAUUGAUGUUUCCAUGACUGAUCAGGACUCCGACAAUAAUGAGCAGUCAAAGAAAAAGCUUGAGGAUGAUUUUGAAUUGUUUACCACUAGUAAAAUUAAUGAGCUGGCAGAGCCACUUGUGGAGGGGCUUAUUCCUUUUAAGACUCAUAUAGUGAAGGAUCACGAUAUGAAGGAAAGGCUUUGUUUGGAGGUGGAGAGGUUAGGGUUGAGUGCUGUGAUUAUGGGUAGUAGAGGAUUUGGGGCUUCAAGGAAGACUACUAAAGGGAGGCUCGGUAGUGUCAGUGACUAUUGUGUGCAUCACUGUGUUUGUCCUGUUAUUGUUGUUAGGUUUCCUGAUGAGAAAGAUGAUGGUGAUGGUGAUGGUGCUGGUGAAGGGUCCGGUGGCGGCGAGAAAGGUGAGAAGGAUGCCGAGAUUCUGCCUCCAGUGGUGGAGGAGGCAGAGCAGGAGUAGCUUGGUGCUAACAAGCAGAUGUGGAGAAGGCUUCUUGAAUGGAUGGUGGGAUUCAAAAUGUCACAAAGUCAAAAUGUUGAGGACCUUGGGCGUAAAAAUUUUGUAGCACUGGUCUCUGUUGUCUCACUUGGAUCUGUUUAGUUGGAUGAAGAACAAGAGUUGAUAACUUGCCUUGUUUCCUUUUCAAGUCCCUUAUGUUGUGAUGGAAUGUUGAAUGAAAACCUUUUAUUACCGAAUUGCCUGCUAUAUAAAUAUCAAUGGGGAUAUUUCAUGUUUGUAGUCAA